UCACGCCGCUCCGGAAUGUUUACCCUUGCUGCGCCUCUUCCUUCCCCGCGCCGCCGCUCGCAGCGCCCCGACGCGCACACAAAGGCCGCGCUCGACCGACACGUGCUGCCGUUGUUGAUGUUCGCCUCGCCGCGGCGAAUGCGACGUCAAGUCGCGCCGCUCGGUAACGCAAAUGCGUCGAAGCAGCGGCAGCACAGGAGAAUCAAAGUUGCUCCAUCGUCUGCAAAGCGAAGCGGCUCGCCGCAAACUCGAGAGAACGCGCGUCGACGCAGCAACGGCCGCCCGCGCGCCACAAGUUUCGGAAGGCGGCGGCGGCGCGACGAUCGCCGGUGCGGAAGCGUCUCGGUUCCGGCGUCCCCCGGCGGCGCUCCCGCCUUCCCAUUGGUCGGCCGUCGGUGUUUCGGUGGGCGCACGUGCGCUCUGAUUUGCUCCGGCGGCGAGUUGCGCGAGCGAAGCGGUGCGGUGAUGUCGCGUUGUUGUGGCGGUGAUCGGCGGCGGCGCCGGUGAAGGCGGGAUUCGUGGGCUACUGCUGCUGCGUCGUCCCCCGCUUCGGCGGCGACUCGGCGUGGUCGCCUGCGUGCUUGUGGCCCCUGCUUUCCCCAGAUUCGUGUCGACAUCGAGUGUGUGUGCUGUGUGGUUGUCGCCGCGUGCCCGGUGCCGCGCGAGUGUGUGCGCGCGCGUGCUCGUCGCGCACGACGAUGCCGCAUGGCAGCGGCGGGGACGACCUGGCCUCCUCGGACGAGAUCAAAGUGUUCAAAGACGAAGGCGAGGAAGAGAAGCGCUCCUCGGAGAACUUGACGGACCUCAAGUCGAGCUUGGUGACCGAAGGGGAAGAGGUGAGUGCCGCCGCCGCCGCUGCCAGAACGUCGGCGGCCUGCCUGGCUGCGUCGUGCCACGCUGACUUUGGAAUAUCCCGGCUACAGCAUCAGGAACAACAGCAGCCGCCGCCCAGGGGCCUGACGCCGACCUCGGGUCUGUGCCGGUUCUUGCAGGAGAAGAUCGUCGGUCUGCCGGGCCACCCGAGCGCGGGCUACGCCUCUCCCAAGCCUCGCCCGGCGGACGCCUUCGGAGCACUGUUCGGAAAGUCGUCGUUCGAACCGAUCCAUGGACCAUUUGGAUAUGUUGUUCCGCCCUACCACAACGGGGCCCUCGGCGCCGCCGUCUCAAUGGCGGGCAAGGGCCCGAUGGUGGCUCCCCCCGCCCCUCACCCGGGCUCUCCGCUCAACUUCAUGGUGUACAACGAGCCUUUCUCGCAACCACCGCCCGCCCACAUGGGCAUCCCUCCCGUCCACAUCGACCCAAAGACAGGUAUUCCGAGGCCGUCCGUGUACCCACUCACGUCGCCGGGCCAGUACACGCACACCAUGUUCACGCACGAGUUCGCGCAGCAGCUGCAGUGGCAUUCAGCGGCGGCGGGCAUGUACCCGAUGCCCCCGAUGGCUUCCGGGGGCUUCAGGGGGAGUGGCGGCUACCCGUCGCCCCUUCCCCGGUACACCCCUCCCCUGCUCCCCCCUGGCAUGAUGCCCCACAGCUUGCACCCAGCCCUAGUCACUCCGGGUCCCAAGCAGGAACUGCCCUCACCCAUCUCCGAUGCAAGUCCCCUCCUGUUCCCCAGGCACCCACUGCCCAUGUACCCCGUGGAGUCCAAGGCCGGUGGCCAGAAGCGGGGGGGCGACCUAGUCAACGGGUCGUCUCAGGGCCACAACGGCCACGGCCUCCUGACCCUCCAGCAGCAGCAUCACCAGCAGGGCCCGCAGCCCACCGCCCCCAACCACGGCAGCAGCCAGACGCAGCAGCAGCAUAACGGCACAGAGAAAAAGCCCCAGAAACCGGCCAACCACGUCAAGAAGCCCCUCAAUGCCUUCAUGCUGUACAUGAAGGAAAUGCGUGCCAAGGUGGUGGCCGAGUGCACCCUCAAGGAGAGCGCCGCCAUCAACCAGAUUCUGGGGCGCAGGUGGCACAGUCUGUCAAGGGACGAGCAAUCCAAGUACUACGAGAUGGCGCGCAAGGAACGGCAGCUCCACAUGCAGCUCUAUCCCGGCUGGACGGCAAGGGAUAACUAUGCCAUCAACAGCAAGAAGAAAAAACGCAAGAAGGACAAGACGCAGGACGGAGACAUCAACAAUCCCAAGAAGUGUCGAGCAAGGUAUGGCCUGGAUCAGCAGAGUAGUUGGUGCAAGCCUUGCAGGCGGAAGAAGAAGUGCAUCCGCUACCAGGAUGGCCUGGACGGCAACGCCAACGAGAGUGAGGACAACAUCGGAUCGGUGGAGGCCCCUACGCCGGAGUCGCACACUAGCCACGGGGGUGGCGACACCACCACCACCACAACCACGAGUGAGGGCAGUCCCUGCACCAGCCUGGGCACGCCCGAGCCCAGCCCGGGGCCCCCUCCCCGGAGGCCCGACUACUGCAGCCUCAACAAGUACCACCCGCUGAGCGUGCACCACCUCACGGGACAGGCGCUCGUCAAGCGGGAGCCCGACGACACCGUCGACAUCCUCACGCCGCCCUCCACGGACUCUUCCACCACCACCACGGCGCCGCCUUUGCUCACGGUCACAUAGCCAAGCCCAAGGGGACGCGACGGACACAAAGGCGCACGUGCUCCCGGAGCGGCGCGGUUUUCGUCAAAGUGGGGCUCGGCGGCUCGGUCUUCGUUGGAAUGCGGUUCGUCAGCGUGCGUUCUGUUGGAACGCGGUUCACCGCCGUGCCCUUCGUCUGUGCGCUCCCUCGUCAGCCCCUACCAAACCAUCUUCUUUCGUUGUGAACCGCUGCUCUGGAAAGUGACGAGCAUUCACCGGCUUGGGACGGUGGCGAGUGCGGCGGCAUUCGGGUGCAGAAGGGAGCGUGGCAAGGAGUGGCGAAGACCCCGGUCCGCGAGCGGCGGCAUGGGAGUAUUCUAUUUUUCAGACUACCGUUGCACGGCAAUAAGUUGUUUUUCGAAAUCUGGGGAAGUACACCCCCGUCCCUUUAGCGUGGAGCCCGAGGCCCCUCAACCUCUUCGGGCGUUUGUUGACCGUAACGUGAAGAUGAAGGAGAAAAAACUGUAGAUAAUAAUUAUAAAAAGAUGUUAUCUAUUUCUAAUUUUAAUUGGUUCGUAUUUUUUAAUUGGUCCGAAUAUUUUUUUUGUGCAGCACGAAGAGAGUUUUUUACGUGUUGAACACAGGGUCCUAAGCACCCCUUGCCACCGCUGCCACGCGCCCGUUCCGCAAAGGAAAACUUUCCAUUUUGAACCCACAUCUCUGUACAUAGUGGUCGGCCGACCAGCACAAGACUGGGAGCAGGACAAACUCUCCGCCUGUACAGUGAUCGACAUUGCACCCGUGUUUCAUUUGCCUGUACUUUUUUUUUCUCCAAGCGUUACUUUGUGCACGGUUCCGUUUGCCAUGUGCCAACAGGUUCUGGGCAUCGUUUGAUGUGCAUGUGCAGUCGCUGAGAGCGACAACUUUGUGCUGGGACCUGUACAUACUUCUGUCCCCCUUUUGGAAGCAAAGUUCGAAUUGUAUUCAGGCAGCGGAGUCAGCUAUGAGACUGUCAGGAACAGGCCUGUUGUUUCCCUUGCCAAACUCAUGGCCCACAGUCACCUUUCCACUUGUUUUUGAUCUCAAUCGUGAGGCGAGCGCGGGGAGUUGCGAAUGAAAGGGGUUAAGAACAAAAGGUGCAUCCUUUGCAUUGUAGUACCAAAAAAAAAAAAAAUACUUGUUUCAAGACUGCGGGCAAUCGCGGUCCUCCUGCCAAUUUUUAUUGCGAGAGCAGUGGCAUUUUUCUCGUGUCCUUUAGAAAAAUUUGCGUUGUGAUCUUCCUUUUUAUGCUUUUGUCUCUCAUUCGUCUUUUAGAGCAUCAUUCAAUGUGGAGGUCUUAAUUUAUGUGUGCAAAAGCACGUGGCUCAGGUGUCACACUUUUUUUUCGUGUUUAUCGGUGAAAAAAGAAAAUUGGUUGAUGCACGAAUCUGUGUUGGUGCACCGGGAUGGCGCGUGAGAAAGUUUCGUUCAGGUAGAACAUUCAGGACUUGCCAACUAAAAAAAAAAAAUACUCUGCCAUUUUAACCAAAAAAAAAUUAUGCAAAUGUUUGUUUGUUUUUUUACAACUUUUUAGUUAUUUUUAUGUGAUCAAAAGUUUGGAAGCCAACACACAUUGAUGGUUCGCAAGAGUAUGCUUGCAAAUUUGGGUGCUUGCAAGACCUGCGCAGGCUUUUCAAGCUCACAAUUAAUCUGAGAGAUACUCACGACGGCAAUUCCAAGCUCAGGCAAAUCGCAUGAAAAUAGAGCCUCACCGGAGGAGUGCACAACUCGUGCCAUAUUUAGAUAUUUAAAGCCUGCUGAAACGAACGGACAGCUUUUGUGCAACUACCUUUGUUUGUAUGUGGACUUGCCAAACGGGAUCCAAUUGAAGGCAUUUUACACUCUUCGUUUUGACUAGACUGCUGUGAUUUGUUACUUUUUUUUUAAAUGCUCUUCCGUUUUUGUUUUUUUUUUGUUGGCAUUUGCAGCUAGCAGUGUAGUUCUGGAAAUGCUGGGAGAUUUGCAACCUUUGUUUCAAUUUUUUUCAUUUUGCCUUCAGAGAGGACUUGAAAAUCAAAAACACUGAUGACCGGAAGCGGAAAGUAUCUUGUAGAAUAUUUAAAGUUAUACUUUUCUUUUGUGGUAUAGUUCGCUAUGAUAGGAAGUGCAUUAUGUUAAUUUCAAUAUGUGCAAUGCAUCCUUUGCAACAAAAUGUGUGCAACAUUUUUUUAAAAACAGUUUUCUUUCUUUUUUGUUGUUUUCUGAACAGAAAGAAACUGAAGUGUGCUUUGGAUUUUUGAGGUUGUGUGCAAUGCGUGAUGAAUGAGAAAAAGGAAGAGUUCGCACAUGUUGUCAUCAUCACACAUCUUGCAGUAUUUUAUUUGAGAAAUUUCUAUGUGUCCAUUUCAUUUCCGUGUGUUUGUUUCAACUCAACAAAUUGUUUUGACCUGUACUGUGAGCAGCUUUUAAAGAAUUGGAACAAUGAAAAGCAAAGAGGAGUUUUUCGAAGAAAAAUUCUCGCAUCUCUUUUGCCUGACAAGGGCAUGAUUAAAGAAGUGCUGUUACGAGGAAACAAAAUGA